AUGUUAUCUUUUGAUAAUAUCAUACAACAAUUAUUCUAUCGUUGGGGUUCAAUUGCUUAUCGCUUUCGAUUUAUUCUAUUUAUUGGACCAAUCUUAUUAACAAUAGCUCUUAGUUUUGGAUUUUUGUUUAUCAAAAGACAGACGACAAUCGAUCCGGAAUAUGUUUUCUCACCAAAAAAUGCGCAAUGGCGUUACGAGAAAAAAGUGCUCAGUGAUUAUUGGCCUUUAAAUGAACAGGAAUUUUGGCCUGGCAAAAGUUACGACUAUACAGGAUAUGUGGAUAUUAUAGCAGCUGGAAUAAAGCAUCCAAAAUUUGGACGACCAAAUAUGUUGGUAUUAAAGUAUUUGGAUGAAUUAGAACGGAUCAAUCAGCAUAUUAUACAUAAUAUUACAAUAUCAGUAACACAUAAUAAUAUGACAUACGAAGUCGGUUUUACGGAUUUAUGCAUGUCAUACGACUGGAAAUGUUUCAUGAAUGAACAUGUGACAAUGCUUAUGCCAAAAGAACGAUGGGGAAAUUUUGAUCCAAAAUUAGCUGAAUUUACUGAUGAUAUAAUCAAUAAUGAGGUUAAAAUAACUUAUCCAAUCGGUUGGCGUGGAACUGAACCAAUCUAUUUUGGCGCAUUGAUUGGUGCGCCCCAUAUCAUCGAUAAAGAAGGACAUUUCAAUUACGUCCGAGCUGUUAGACUUACUUAUAAUGUUCGAGAUGAAAAAAUUGGUAAUAUUAGCUAUUUGUGGCGUAAAAAGGUUGCCGGUUUUUUAUCUGACGUCAAGAAUCCAGCAUCCAACAUCCUGGAAUUCGGUAUGUUUCAUAAUGAAAGUUUACCGGAAGGCUUACAACAAGUUGCUGAUUCAUUGUCACCAAAGUUUGCAAUAACUGGUGUCGUCCUAUUCUCGCUUUGUGGAUUAAGCGCUAUUGUUUUGUACAAACAUAAUGAUGGAUUCAUUGCCGUCGACUGGUUGCGCAGCAAACCGACAAUAGCAUUAGCCGGUAAGACCGAUUCCACUUCUCGUCAUCAUCCGUUCACGUCCGUAAUAGAAAAUAAUGACACCUGUUUAUUUUGUCCUUUACUUGCAAUUAUAAGCGCAUUUGGUUUAAUUUUAUGGAUGGGUUUCUUAUACAAUGCUAUUGUCAACGUAUCACCAUUUAUCAUCUUUUGUAUUGGUGUGGAUGAUAUGUUUAUAAUGAGCGCAGCUUGGCAUCGAACUAAUGUUGAACAAAGUGUUUCACAUCGUUUAUCCGAAUCACUUGCCGAAGCAGCGGUUGCAAUAUCAAUAACAACAAUCACUGAUAUGUUAACCUUUGGCAUUGGCUGUUUGACAACAUUACCAAGCGUACAAAUGUUUUGUUUUUAUACAUUUAUGGGUAUAGCAUUCACUUAUCUUUAUCAGUUAACAUUUUUCACCUCUGUUAUGGCAUAUAGUGGAAAACGAGAAGGUGAUGGAUUGCAUGCGAUAACAUUAAAACCAGUUAUCAGUGAAGAAUUAGCUGAUAAUUUAUUUAAAAAACUAUUUCUAACGGGUAGCAUAUCAUCAAAAUCGACAAUUUCAACGAAUAAUAAUACUUCUUCAAAGAUACCAUCUGAAUUUGUGCAAGAAAAUGUGACAGGAAAUGAAGAAAAUGUAAAAAUUACAUUAAGUCAAAAAAUGCGUGAGAAAUUCAUGGAUUUUAAACAAAGUUUAAAUAAGGAACUACCAAAAUCGAAACAUCGUGAAACAAUGAUUUCGAAAAUAUUUCGCGAAUAUUACGGUCCUUUCUUGCUUGAUUGUUUCACCAAGAAAGUUUUUAUUUUCAUUUACAUCAUCUAUUUAUCAUUAGCAAUAUUGGGUUGUACAAUGUUGAAGGAAGGUUUAAAUCCGAAAUUUCUUGUUCUGGAUUCAUUUUAUCUCAGCAAAUUUUAUAUAUUAAUGGAUGAAACGUUCUGGGAAGAAGGCCUACAAAUGCAAGUUGUGGUAAAUUCACCACCUGAUCUGUUUAAUUCCAAGGAAAGAAAAGAGUUCCAGAAUAUGCUCGAUGAUUUCGAAAAUACAGAAUAUACAAUGCGACAUAAUGCGACAAUGAUAUGGCUUGAUGCCUACGAAAGAAAGCUUAGAGAAGAUCACAAUUUUUCAAAGAUUCCAUUACCAAAAACAAGUCAAGAGUGGUACGAACGAUGUCGAGAAUGGCUGAUCUCAGCUGGCGGACGACGUUUAUGGGAAAAGGAUAUGGUUUGGGGCAAAAAUGAAAGUGACCCCAAAACAUAUAAUCAUCUGUUUGCUUUUCGUUUUCAACUUGGACUUCGAAAUUAUAAAACGCCAACUGAUCAUAUGCGCAGUGCGAUACUAAUGAGAGAAAUUUCAGCCAAAUAUGCAAAAUUCAACAUCACUACUUUUCAUGAAUACUAUCCAUUCGCAGAUCAGUAUAUUGAAUUGAAGCCAGCAUUAAUCAGGAAUUGUUUACUGGCAAUGCUAUCUAUGCUUAUCGUAUCGUUUAUCAUGAUACCAAGUUGGAUUGCUGCAUUUGUCAUUGCAUUUGCAAUUUUCAGCAUUGAUAUUGGUGUAAUUGGUUUUAUGACUUUUUGGGGUGUACGUCUAGAAAGUGUUUCAAUAAUAACAGUUAUUAUGAGUAUUGGUUUUGCCAUUGAUUUAUCAGCGCAUAUUGGUUAUGCAUAUGUAAAAUCGAGUGGAAAUCGACAUGAAAAGGCAAUCAGUGCAUUAGAAACUAUUGGCUGGCCUGUUUUUAUGGGAGCUUUAUCAACAGUGCUUGGUAUUUUAGUACUUGCAACAGUUCAAGCAUAUAUCGUACAAAUCUUUUUCAAAACGGUAUUUCUUGUUAUUAUUUUCAGUAUGAUACAUGGUCUAAUAUUACUUCCAAUAUUCCUGACGAUUAUUUUAAAGUAA